AUGUAUGAGACAUUGUAUUCGACUGAUGUCGAGCAGACGGAAGUGGUAGUUGUGUCGGUGGAAAUGCGAGUAAUGCCGACGAGAAAGGCUCGACGAAUGACAAGGAUCCGACCCGCGGGCCACACUCUUCGUGCACACCGGUCAAUUCUCGUCGGAUGGUUCAGGGAGCGUCGCAGCACGAGGGUGCCGCGUAUGCCGAGGAAUAGCAGCGCGGACGGAAAGAUCCGCUCCUAUAUCGGUCGCUGCAAUCUGUCCGUCACAUGUUUUGCAUUCGACGCAGCAUCGAAAAAAAGUGUAUCCGAUCGAGAGGAGUGGUUGGAAUUCGACAACUCCACCUGCGUCACAAAAUGCGAGCCUACGAAUUUGGCUGCGUCGCAAGAGAAUGUGGUUCCUAGAGUCGAGCCAGCAAGCGGACGGAUCAAGCCGUCGUCGCUCAUUUCCUGGCUUUUCCGGCUCAGAAGAGAGGAUGGAAGAACAAUUUCUUCCUGCCCUCGGCCCAUCUGCCCAGACGCAGUUUUCGAGAACCGUCAUCACAGCAGCACACUGCGGACGUACUCUGACACACACGCACACACAACACCGACAGGCACGUUGACUUUGGCUGUCGGCCCUGUUCGUCCUUCUCCACAAGCCGGCUCUUCCAUCCGAACACCUUCCUCCUCUUCCAUUUCCACCUUCCUCAUCAACUUCGCUGUCGUUAUUCGAACUUAG